CAGUGAUCGCAUUUGGAUAUGUACUGUGCAAUGGGUUGAGCUACCUAGUCAACAUUCAUUACAGGGAAAAUACCAAGAAAAUGGAGAAAUUUUAAUAUAGAAAUUACCUGGCGCGUUGUGUGUUGCAAAAUGCCAGGCAUUGUGGUAUUCCGCCGGCGUUGGUCCGUUGGCUCAGACGAUUUGGUGGUGCCAGCCGUUUUUCUCCUGGUUUUGCACGCAGCUUGGAUCAUAAUCCUUGGCAUCAUCCUUGGUGUGGUGGACUUUGAGAGAAACGUGGCCUGCACACAGGACCUCCACGACCAUGUCCUGGGUUACCUCAUCAUCCUGUCGCUGUGCUUCUUCAUGGAGCUGCUCAUCGCAAUCAUCAGCAUGCGAGGCGGCAUCCUGGACAACCACCCACGCCGCAGCAUGCAGUAUCUGUUGUAUCUCAGACUCAGUGAGUACCUGGGAGAGCUCCUGUGGUGGUGGGCAAGGACAGCCAAACACUUCAACACCUGCAACCCAAUAUCUGCAAAGAAGGCCGUCCUAGGUGUGAUCGUAUGCAACUGGUUGGUGAUGCUGAUAGUGAUUGUCUCCCUUUGGUGCACAUUUGACUCGGCAGGCAGGAAAUGGGUAAAGAUGAAGAAAUACCAAGACAGCCUGAAGGAGAAGAGACGAGGGAAUCGCAGGAUCUCUGGGAGUACUCGGAGGAACUGGCGCCAGAGGAAGGCGUUCCGAGCUUAUGAGGAGAGUUGGGACCGUCGGCUGCAGCUGCUGUGCUGCUGUGUGGAACGCAAGGGCAGAAACAGGAACUCCAUCGCUGAGAUCGCUCAGCUCUUUACGGAAUUCUUCCGGGACUUAGAUGUGGUGCCAUCAGAUGUGAUCGCCGGCCUGGUUCUACUUCGGCAGUUCCAGAAGCAGCGCAUGGCUAACAUCGUCUGGCAGGGUAACAAUGAUGUCUACCAGUACCUGUCAGGGGUGCCCAUCACCCCCCACACCCAGUUCCUCCAGCUGAGUGUGCCAUCCGUGAUGGAGGACUACCGCCGGGUCAUCCACUACAUGAGACACGCCCUGGCGGCGUACGGCUGGCCUGCCACCAUGAUGAUAAACCCAGGGACAUGGCUCUGUCGACUCAUGCCUUUUCUCAGUUGUUGCUGCUGCAACAAGCAACGAAACGCCAUCGUGAUUGACGACAACUGCUGCCUGUGCAACUUCUCUGCCCUGCGUCGUAUCAGCGGUCUCCAGGAGGUGGAUGUAGUUUACGCCACCUACCACGUUGAUAUUGGUGAGACUCCAUUCUAUGUGGCCCUCGAUCAUGCGGAGAAGACUGUUGUUGUCUGUGUGAGGGGCACAUUGUCAUUACAGGAUGUGCUGACAGAUCUGAAGGCAGAGGCGGAGACUCUCCCCCUGACCCCUCCCAGGGAGGACUGGCAAGGUCACAAGGGGAUGGUGCAGGCCGCCGUCUACAUCAAAAAGAGGCUGGACGAAGAGGGCAUCAUCAUCAAGGCCAUGAAUCUUGCUGAGGAGUUGAGCUCUAAGAAGUAUGAUCUGACCCUGGUAGGUCACUCUCUGGGUGCAGGCACUGCGGCCAUCCUGGCCAUUCUUCUUCAGCCAGAGUUCCCCACCCUGCACUGCUACGCCUUCUCUCCCCCAGGGGGACUCAUCAGUAUAUCCUGUGUAGAGGAGACUAAGUCAUACAUCACAUCUGUUGUCGUGGGGAAAGAUGUCGUGCCCAGAAUUGGUCUACCUCAAAUGGAGCUGCUGAGGACAGAUAUCAUCAACAUGAUCAAGAAGAGCAUCGACCCUAAGUGGAAGAUAAUCUCAAAGGGAGUGUUCUGUUGUUGUGGAGACUACACAGGCAAGAAGGGGUCGCAGGUCGACUUGGACCGCAACGUGACCGCUCACCCCAGUGACUCGCAGAUCGGCUUGUCCGCCCAUGUCCCCCUGUUCCCCCCGGGGAAGAUCAUCCACAUUGUCCGCAGUCACCCCAAGACUAAAAAGCCUGUCUGUCAGAGUUCAGAACCUGUUUACCAGGCCGUGUGGGCCGGCAAUGGAGACUUUGAUGAAGUUCUCAUCUCCCCCACCAUGAUCAACGACCAUAUGCCAGACAAUGUCCUAGAGGCUCUGGAGAAGGUUCUGCUGAAGGUCGGUCCAGCCAAGCCAGUGCGGACUCUGACAGAAGCAGAACGCAAAGCUCUUCUAUCCCAUGAGUCUUUGUCCUCUGCCAACAACCCGUCACCAACCCGAGGAACAGUCAUGGUAGAAACCAGCUUCACCAAUGCCUGCUACACACCGCCUGAUGCAGGGAAUGGUUCCAUGAAUGUCACCGGUCCACGAUCGGUGUCUGGCAGCUGGGAAAACGUCCCAGACAAGAUUCUAACUGUAGAACAUAUACAGCAACUGAACGCUGUAGGUAGGAACCCUGAUUCAGGCACACGUCCAGACUUCACUCUAGAGCUGUCUGAGAAGCAGUGGGUGGCUGCUCCUUUGGCAAGUCCAGAGGCUUUGUCUGACGUCUCAAGUCUUGGAGGGCUCAGUCAUACAGGGAGUCUUGUCGAGAGGGAUGGAAGUCGUAAACCUGUGCAAUCGUCUCCCCAGCUGAAGACAAUAGAACAAUCCCCAUUACGGAAAGUCAGAUCCGAGAGUGUGAAGAUCGAAGUGCCAGAGGACAACGAUGAAGAGGUCAUGGUCAUUGUAGAAAAUAACGCCAAGAGGAAAAAGGUUGAGUUUGAGGAUGAAAAAGUCGCUAAGGAGACUGCUAACAAGCAGAGUGUGGAUAAGGAGGGUUCUGAUAGGGUACAUGCUGAUCAGGAGGAACAGGUAACUCAAAAUGGACCUAAAGGGGUAAAAAAUGUUGAAGAAAGUGAUAAUCCUGUGUUAGAUUCUAAGUCAGUGACUGUAACAGAUCCUUCAGGGAAGUCUGUGAUGGUGUCGUAUAAAAACGCUAAUGGUCACAGUGCUGUGUACAACCGACAUUCACCUGACGAGUCCAACCAGCAUGAAUAUGGGCACCCUAAUCUACACUACUCUGCUGCUGGAACAGGCUACCCUCAUGGAGCUUAUCAUCCACCAAUCAGGUUCCCUACUCGCACACCACGUGAGCAUACCAUCACGCCACGUGAGCACACCGCAACAAAACACGAGCAAACCAACACACCAUGUGAACAAAAUCCCACACCACGUGACCAGACCGUCACAGCACAUGAGCAGACGAACACACCAUGUGAGCAAAACGCCACACCACGUGACCAAAACACCACACCAUGUGUGCAAAAUGUUGCCCCACAUGAGAAAACAGUCACGCAACGUGAAUACCCACCGACGUUAAGACACUGCGAAUCUGAGAGUUUGUUCUUACAACCCUCUCUAUCCAAAAUGAGAAGGUCAACUGAAAUGAUGGACUUAGCUCAUAUUCAGGACGAUACUGAAGUAUUUGUAGAAAAUAUUGCGACUGGUGCCAAGCAACCACGAGCACGUCUCCCAGGACUGCAUGGUACCCCUCAAGCGUCAACGGCAAGUAUGGCGCUGGAUAAUGUUCCUGAAAGUCGGCUCUCGUCCACACAUUCAGAUGAAGUGUUUGCAGCCCAAGAUUCAGAAGCAUAGCAAGAUUUUGGUCUUUGAUGUGUGAACAGUAUGUAGAUGUAGGUGAUCUGUGUAUAUGAAUCUGAGCUGAUACUAACAGUGUACUAUAUUUUAAGGUUAACAAGCAAGUUUUGAUUAUUUAGAAUAUUCUAUUAUAAACAAACUUACAAUUAUUUGACUUUAGAAACCACAACAGUUUACUGGUUUAUACAUGUAUUACAUAUACAUUAGAUGAUGUCAUGAAUGCUGAUGUUUUUAGAUAUAAGCUCUCUGAAAUAAUAUCAGAAAAUAUUGAUUACAAUUUUACCAUUUCAUGUCAUAAAGGUCAUGUUUAUUUCAUCAGAUGUCCUGUAUUCACCGUAAUAAACAUCCUUCUCCCGUUACCAAGUUUUAGGCCAACUGGUAAAUAAUAUUCAUAAUGGCCUCCUUAUAAAACUGAGCAAUUGUGUCACAACAUAACCUUUUGUUUACGGUAUGUUACAGAUGUUUUUUUAACAGAAGUAUAGAAAGAGCAUAUAAAAAAAUGUAAGCUUCACCAAGACUAGACCAAGAAUGUUCACUACGGCCUAUAUCCUGAAAGCGAAUUUUUUAAAUAAAUGCAAUCCAUAUAGACAGAUCAACUUCAGUUUCAUUUUUUAAGAGUAUUGUUGAUGUUUUUGUACAUAUUAUAAAAUACUAUGAUUAUGAGAACAGUUUGACAGCAGUUUUUCGUUGAAGAAUGGAGAUUUGCCAUGACAAAUCGGACAUACUCUGACACAGUCCAUGACAUUCCCUUGAAAACGUUGGGUAAAAGGUCAACUAUAGAAGGCUCAUCCUCUGUCAUCAGGGAUGUAUUUAUUGACAGAAUCUCUGUGCGAGUCGCACACUAUAAGUUAAUGGUAAAGGUGAUUUGACCUCUAAAGGAAGCCAGCUAUUGAUUAACAGUAGUCCUAUAAAGUGAGUGAGUAUGGUUUUAUGCCACUUUUAGCAAUAUUCUAGCAAUAUCACGGCAGGGUACUCCAGAAAUGGGCUUCACACAUUGCACCCAUGUGGGGAAUCGAACCAGGGUCUUGCGAAUGUUUUAACCUCUUGGCUGCCCCACCACACCCUUUAAAGACAAUGCCCUUUGUCUGAGGAUUCCAUCACUAUUAUACCAACUGUACCAGGGCCCACGUGCACAAAGGGAUAUUAGCGCUACAACUAUUUUAAGCCCAUGUUAGAGAAAGGGAGUUACGAUCAUCGUAGGGUUAUGGUCAUCUUAGUGUUAAGUUGCUCUGUGCGAGUGGGCCCAGGUGAAGACGACGUUGCUCAUUGUAUAGAUGUAUACUACUGCAUUUUUUUAUAGGGGCGUGUUUAUUAUGAUGCACAGAACUUAUUCUCAUGAUAUGUCAAGUGUAUAUUUAAAUAAAAUGACUUUAUAUGAGUAUCCCUAUUACAAGUUGAGUAGUUUAGAUAUAUAUAUAUAUGUUGAUGUUGAAUGCACACAAGUGCUGAAUGGCUUGUACAGUGACUGAAGACAAUAUCUACAUCUGAUCUUAACGAGCCACAUCAGAGGUGUCCAGGGACUAUUUACUGUAAAAAUAGUGGUCAUACAUAUACUAUUUUCCUUUAACUAUUUUCUGUAAUGUCCUGUACAGCUAUUAUGAUGAGACAAAACUAAUCAUUGUCAGCAACUGUUUUAUUUUAUUUUAUUUAAUUUGAAGCACUUUAAAAAAAUUGAAUAAAAUCUGCUGACAUGACAAAA